CUUCUCUCUUAUCAUGUGUUUUGUGCUUACGUUUUGUCUACACUAUUUUUUAGAUGACAUUUAUUUCUUAUCUAAUAUGAUGAUGAUCAACUCUUCACCACCAUCACAAACAACAACAACAACACAAUCAGAUUCUACAAAACGUUUACGUUUAACUAUUCCAAGAAAUACUAAAACUGAUUUAUUAACAAAUACAAAUACAAUAUCACCAGAAAAAAUUGAUGAAAAAAAAAAUAAUAUACAAAAAAAAUCUAUUGAUUGUAAUAAUACAAUGACAACAAUGAAACAACAAUUAUCAACAUCAAUUGAUAAUGAAAAUGAUACAACAUUAUUAACGACAACAACAACAACGACAACGGUUGAAUUUAAAGUUAAAACAACGAAAACAUCAUCGUCAUCGUCAUCAUCAUCAUCAUCAUCAUCAUCAUCAUCACGUAAACGUAAAUUAAAUAUUGUUGAUGAUAUGAUGAAUACAAAUAAUAAUAAUAAUACUAAUAAUAAUAAUACUAAUGAUAAUAUUAACAAACACCAGCAACAACAACAACAAUCAGUUAGUAAGAAAAAGGUAAAAAUAUAUACAUAUUAUU